GCGGAGGCGCAGAGCCACCUGCUCUUCCCGGGCAUCGGAGAUCAGCACGGCGCUCCCGGUUCACCCAACGUGCUCAACGGGCAGAUGCGCUUGGGCUUGCCCGGAGAAGUCUUCGGUCGGUCGGAUCAGUACCGCCAGGUGUCCAGCCCCCGAACUGACCCUUACUCGGCGGCCCAGCUGCAUGGCCAAUACGGCCCCAUGAAUAUGAACAUGGGCAUGAACAUGGCGGCGCACCACGCGCACCACCCGCACGCCCACCCGCACGCCCACCACCACCACCACCAUCACCACCACCCCGGGGCCUUCUUCCGCUACAUGCGCCAGCAGUGCAUCAAGCAGGAGCUGAUCUGCAAGUGGAUCGACCCGGAGCAGCUCAGCAGCCCUAAAAAGAGUUGCAAUAAAACUUUCAGCACCAUGCACGAGCUGGUCACUCACGUCUCCGUCGAGCACGUCGGGGGCCCCGAGCAGAGCAACCACAUCUGCUUCUGGGAGGAGUGUCCGCGCGAAGGAAAGCCCUUCAAGGCCAAGUACAAGCUGGUCAACCACAUCCGCGUGCACACGGGCGAGAAGCCUUUCCCCUGCCCCUUCCCCGGAUGCGGCAAGGUCUUCGCCCGGUCCGAGAACCUCAAGAUCCAUAAAAGGACGCACACAGGGGAGAAGCCCUUCCAGUGUGAAUUCGAAGGCUGUGACAGGCGGUUUGCCAACAGCAGCGACCGGAAGAAGCACAUGCACGUCCACACUUCGGACAAACCCUACUUGUGCAAAAUGUGUGACAAAUCUUACACUCACCCCAGCUCUCUGAGGAAACACAUGAAGGAGAAUGAAGUUUAUAGCUGUGUAAUCUGGAUACCUGGAGUGGCAGACCGAGAUUCCGACAAGCCCUACCUGGAGAAAGGGGACGCCGCCUCCCUUGUCUUCCCGACCUGA